AAAAAAUAAAAUUUACAUACAAUCAACCUAAAAAGCUAAGUAUUGAUAUGGAAGGUCAGGUUCAAUGGAAGCCAGUUUUUGAGCUGGUCAUUGCAACGCUAACUACUAUAUAUGUGUAAAAUCGAGUGCAUUUUAAGUCGAUUCGCAUUUUUCAAUUGACAAUGCUCUCUGUAAGAUCAUUUUCAAUCGUACUAGUGUGUCUGGUGAUAGCAUUCGUUCUGAAUAAAUCCGAAAAUGUAGUGUGUAACGAUUUGUGUAAUUUUAAAACGGACGAGUUCAUAACAUAUUAUGGCUAUGAAGCAGAAGAGCAUAAGAUAACUACUGACGACGGUUACAUAUUAACCGUUUUUCGUUGCAAUUCCAAAAAAUCGUCGACAAAAACAAGGAAACCGUUAAUAGUGCAACAUGGAUUACUGUUAUCAUCCGACGAUUUUGCUACAAAUAUGCCCGGUCAAGCGUUGGCGUAUGUCUUUGCUGAUGCCGGUUAUGAUGUAUUUUUGGCUAAUGCACGAGGAAAUGCAUAUUCACGAAAUCACACUACCAAAAAUGCCGACGAUCCAUCUAGUGGUUUUUGGAAAUUUUCUUGGUAUGAAAUAGGAAAAUACGAUCAUCCAGCACUGAUUGAUUACGUACUGAAGUUGACAAACCGAUCAAAGGCCUAUUUCAUAGGCCAUUCUCAAGGCGGAGCGAGUUUGGCUAUUCUUUUAACUGAGAGACCUGAAUACAACGAAAAAAUUCAUGUUGCAAGCUUAUUGGCACCAGCAUUUGGAUUAAGACGUGUUGGUUAUUUCACAGAGGCUUUUCUUAUCGUUGGGAAAAUACUACAGUUUUUUGAAAAUUCGGAAGCUUUUCCACGUAGCCGAAUGAAUAAAAUUAUCAGUAAAAUCUGCACCAAAGUGCCAUACGCAUGCAAUGUACUGGUCGACUUUAUAAUGGGACCAAGUGAAAACCAAAGAAAUGAUACAAUGUUACCCGUUCAUGUGUGCCAUUUCCCAAGUGGCAUCUCGGCAAAUCAGCAUCUACAUUUUACACAAACCAUUUUAUAUGAAUACUUUGGGAAAUAUAAACAUGGAUCAAAUGUACCACCAGAAUUUCCUAUUUCUCGCAUUACUGCACCAAUAUCGUUUCAUUUAACGACUUCCGAUAGCCUUAUCAAUGUGGAGUAUACAACUGGCAUGGCAUCGAAAUUUCAAAAUGUUGUCGAUGUUCAAGUCAUAAAUGAAUCAGCGUUUAAUCACAUAGACUAUCUUUGGGGAAUACAUGCCAAAUCUCUGGUUUAUUCAAAAAUUCUGAAGAUUUUCGAAAAAUUUCAAUAAAGUCACACAUCUUCAUGAAACUUGUAAAAUAAACUGCAUCUCUCGUUCAGGAUUCAGGCUUAUGGAGACAA